AUGACCACCGAAGUCGCCGGGCCACAACUCCGUCCGCCCGCACUAAGGGCGCACGGUCGGCCGGAGCCCGGGGUGGGGGGUAGGGGGUCCGGGAGGCGGCGGCGGGGGGCGCUCACACCCGGGUCGCCCCGCGCUCCUCAUCAUCAUCUGGAGCAGCUCGGUUUCUUGCUAGUUCAGGAGCCCUGGGAGUGCCAGCCCCGGGUCCACACCUUCGCCGGGAUCCGGUGCGUAGGCUCGGGGACGCGGGCUGGCUGUGGGGGGGAGGAGAAACCGUCCGUGCUGGCAGAGAGCGGGCGCUCGGCCCCUCUGCUGCGCUGCGGGUCCCGGCUCACUCCCCCUAGGCUCCCGGGCCCGGGCCGUGGCCACUCCGUGGGAAAUUCUUUAUGGAUGAAUUUCAUCUCGCUGAACCAUGUGUUGAUUGUAAAACUUGCAAUAUUAAGAGUUAACCUCUAUUCCACUAUGUCACUGUUCAACCAAACUACUGAUGACCACCGGACCUUCUUCACACUGACUGGGAUUCCAGGAAUGCCAGAAAAGGAUUUGUGGAUGGCCUUACCCCUCUGUCUUCUGUACAGCACCACGUUUCUGGGCAAUGUCACCAUCCUAAUUGUGAUCAAAGUUGAACAAAGUCUCCAUGAGCCCAUGUAUUAUUUUCUGGCCAUGUUAGCUGCCACUGACCUUAGCCUUUCACUGUCUUCCAUGCCCACCAUGGUCAGUGUUCACUGGUUCAGCUGGCAGUCAAUAACUUUUAAUGCCUGUAUCACCCAGAUGUCCUUCAUUCAUACCUUUGGGGGAGUGGAAUCAGGUGUUCUGGUGGCCAUGGCCUUUGAUCGUUUUGUGGCCAUCCGCUACCCUUUGCACUAUGCUACCAUUCUUACUCACGGUGUCAUUGGCAAAAUUGGAGCAGCCAUCCUGCUGCGGAGCAUGGGGGCUGUGCUCCCUGUGCCUUUCCUCAUCAAAAGGCUACCUUUCUGCCACUCUACUGUCCUCUCCCAUGCAUACUGCCUCCAUCAGGAUGCCAUGAGGCUUGCCUGUGCUGACACAAGUGUCAAUAGUAUCUAUGGCCUGCUGGCGGUGAUCUUCAUUAUUGUAUUUGAUGCCUUGAUCCUUUUAGUCUCCUACAUUCUAAUCCUCCAGGCGGUAUUGGGCAUUGCUUCCUGGGAAGAGAGGGUCAAGGCUAUCAACACCUGUCUCUCUCAUAUCUGUGCAGUGCUGCUUUUCUAUGUGCCUCUCAUUGGCAUGACCUUGAUUCAUCGAUAUGGGAAGCAUCUGUCACCAGUAACACACACAUUCAUGGCCAAUGUCUACCUGCUGCUCCCUCCUGUGCUCAAUCCCAUUGUGUACAGUGUUAGGACCAAGCAUAUUCAACAGCACAUCAUCCAGGUGUUCUGUGGGGGCAGGGUUGGUUCUUAA